UUUGUUACAAAUCCCCAUCCUUAACAGGAUAGAACCUUUGAACUUUGAACUUUGAUAGGCAAAUACCGGUGGAACGUCUCAACCAACUCAAUGUACCGGUCUCUGAACCAGUGACGUCACAAAGGAGAAACACAAUGCCCAAGGCCGGUCCGAAAGGAGACAAAGGCGAUCCGGGCUCCAGAGGAGACGCUGGUACCCCAGGAUUCAACGGGGACGAUGGAUUGGAUGGUGACAAGGGAGAUAAGGGUGACAAAGGGGAACGAGGAUCGGCGGGCAUUGGCGGAUUUAAUGGUGAUGACGGGAUGGAUGGCCAAGAUGGAGACAAAGGCGAACCUGGUCCAAUUGGUCCUAAAGGAGACAGAGGAAUACGAGGCAAUCAUGGUAAUAAAGGAGAAAAGGGCGGUUUAGGAACCACUGGAAUACCCGGCAUUGCUGGGCCAAAAGGAGCAAUGGGGGUAGCUGGGAUUGCCGGACCAAAAGGAGAUAAUGGAAACCCUGGUGUAGCUGGGCCCAAAGGAGAUUCUGGAAGGCCGGGGUACAUUGGUGCAGCUGGGCCCAAAGGAAACGAUGGGAUGCCCGGAUACCCUGGUGUAGCGGGACCCAAAGGAGAUACUGGGAGACCCGGAUACCCUGGUGUAGCUGGACUUAAAGGAAACAUUGGGUUGCAGGGAUUCAUUGGAGCGACAGGUAUGAUGUCGUUUAACUGUUGUGAAUAA